GUCAUACACUGUUUGGUACCAAAUGGAGAUGGGCAACGCCUGUUUCGCCUGAACCGCCUCCCGCCACCGCAAACACCUGAUUCCUCAAAACCUUGACUAAAACCCUAAACACCUGAUUCCUACCCACCAACAUAAGAAAACCCAAUGACUUCGCUGCUUCAGACAGCCUCCCUUUCCUCUCUUUCUUCUUCUCGCUCUCUUCUUCCUAACCCCUCUUCCCGCUCUCGAAUCCCGUUCCCUAAAGGCAUCAGGUGUAGUGUUGGGGAGCCUUUGAAAUACGCGAAUGGGAAGCCAUUCAUUCCGCUCCUCAGGGAUGAAAUGCUGCCGAAUUUUCUGACCAGGACUACACAUGCGGUGAAUGCAGCCAGCAAGAAUGACACCAGGCUCAGGAUAUUUUCCGGAACUGCGAACCCGGCGCUUUCUCAGGAAAUUGCAUGCUACAUGGGUCUGGAACUUGGAAAGAUUAAGAUAAAGCGGUUUGCUGAUGGAGAGAUAUAUGUUCAGUUGCAAGAAAGUGUCAGAGGGUGUGAUGUAUAUCUUGUGCAACCAACAUGUCCUCCUGCAAAUGAGAAUCUAAUGGAGCUUCUGAUAAUGAUUGAUGCAUGUCGAAGGGCGUCAGCCAAGAACAUUACUGCUGUGAUUCCAUAUUUUGGAUAUGCCAGGGCUGAUAGAAAGACUCAAGGGCGUGAAUCUAUUGCUGCCAAACUUGUUGCAAAUUUAAUCACUGAAGCGGGUGCAAAUCGUGUUCUUGCGUGUGAUCUUCAUUCUGGUCAAUCGAUGGGAUAUUUUGAUAUUCCUGUGGAUCAUGUAUAUGGUCAGCCUGUGAUACUUGAUUACCUUGCCAGCAAGACUAUCUGUUCUGAUGAUUUGGUAGUGGUCUCACCGGAUGUUGGGGGUGUUGCUAGAGCCCGUGCUUUUGCGAAAAAGUUAUCUGAUGCUCCUCUGGCAAUUGUUGAUAAAAGACGUCAUGGGCACAAUGUUGCAGAGGUGAUGAAUUUGAUAGGUGACGUGAAGGGAAAAGUAGCCGUCAUGGUUGAUGACAUGAUUGAUACAGCUGGGACUAUUUCCAAAGGUGCAGAGUUACUACAUCAAGAGGGUGCCAGGGAAGUCUAUGCGUGCAGUACACAUGCUGUUUUUAGUCCUCCUGCCAUAGAGAGGCUGUCAAGCGGCUUGUUCCAAGAGGUGAUCAUAACAAAUACUAUUCCAGUGUCUGAGCAGAACUAUUUUCCCCAGCUAACUGUCCUGUCAGUGGCAAAUCUUCUGGGAGAGACCAUAUGGCGUGUACAUGAUGACUGUUCUGGUGGCUUUGAACCCUAUUCCACCUUGGGCAUUGAUUGAUCAAUUCAUGUUCGUGGUCUCCCUCCCAGCUUCCAUUACCGCCGAAGAGCUACCUUGUCCGGCACAUGUUUGUUAAUAGAAAAACAAUUUUUUUUUUUUUCAAUAGAGAGGACAGCUUCAUUGUUCAUUGUUGUUUUUUUUUUUUUUCAAAACUUUGCAUAAUCUGAGGUUUCAUAUGCUUGAAUUGAAUUACAUCUAGGACUAAUGGUAUCCCAUUUCCCUUAUUCCCUUUUUGAGCAAGUGGUUGGUGAAUUAUAGUCUAUACCUACAUAAACAGCAAAGCUGUUUUCUGA